UUUCAAGCCCCGUCGUAGCUCGAAUCUACUAGAACAGCAGAAGAGGAUAACCCAAAAGCUACGAGCGAGUUCAGAUUUUUUUUAUUUUUUUUAAUUCGAAAAAAAAAAAAGAGUGAAGUUAAGAAUGACAGGCGAGUUGGAAUUGCCGCCGGGAUUCAGAUUUCAUCCGACGGACGAGGAGCUCGUGAUGCACUACCUUUGCCGGAAAUGCGCGUCGCAGCCUAUCUCCGUCCCGAUUAUCGCCGAGAUCGAUCUCUAUAAGUACGAUCCAUGGGAUCUUCCAGGUUUGGCAUCAUACGGUGAGAAAGAGUGGUACUUCUUUUCGCCACGAGACCGGAAAUAUCCGAACGGUUCGAGGCCGAACCGGGCGGCGGGAACCGGGUACUGGAAGGCGACCGGAGCUGAUAAACCGAUUGGGAAUCCGAAACCGGUUGGGAUUAAGAAGGCUCUGGUUUUUUACGCCGGAAAAGCUCCGAAAGGAGAGAAAACUAAUUGGAUUAUGCACGAGUACCGCCUUGCUGACGUGGACCGAUCCGCUCGAAAAAAGAACAGCUUAAGGCUGGACGAUUGGGUUCUGUGCCGAAUUUACAACAAGAAGGGUAGUCUCGAGAAACAAAACCAAAUCAAUUCGAAUCGGAAGCUGAGCUUCCCGGAGCAGGAGGACAAGAAGCCGGACAUAUUAAACACCUUACCUCCGCCGCCUCCGCAGCCGGCGGUAACCAUCACCGGACCCAACGAUUUCGUCUACUUUGACACUUCGGAGUCCGUACCCAGGCUCCACACGGACUCGAGCUGUUCGGAGCACGUGGUUUCGCCCGAGUUCACGUGCGAGGUGCAGAGCGAGCCCAAGUGGAAGGAUUGGGAGAAAGCCCUGGAUUUCCCUUAUAAUUACAUGGAUGCCACUGUGGACAACUCGUUCGGUCCGGGUGGUAGUCAGAUGUCGCCGUUACAGGACAUAUUCAUGUACCUGCAAAAACCGUACUGAGGGCUUUUCUCUCACCACUAUUGGGCCGAGAUGGACUGGCCUGCUCUUUAAUGGAUUGCUAUGAAAAUUGGGCCCAAAUGGGCUGAACGGAUUAAAAAGUAGGUGCAUCGUGCGGCAACACGAGACAAAUGUCCAUGAGUGUUGUGGGCGCGACCGCAUGGGAUUUUGAAUUAGAAUGGGAAUUUUUGCUUGUGGGGUCCAGUAUUAUGGGUCCUAGGGUGGAAUUGGGUACGGGAAGGUGCACAUUGAGCUUGCAUGUAGCAGUGGCCAUGUGUACAGCAAAUGUCUUCAGAUGUAGAUACACAUAUAUAUAAAUAUAUAUAUAAUAUGAUAUAAUAUAAAAAAUUAGUCACUCGUGUAAUGUAUGUAUACACGAUGAUUUAGUGGGAAAGGCCAGCAUUGAUUGGCUAUGAUCCCAAUAACCAAAAUUAAAUAUAUUUGUGUUGUAGUUAAUUUGUUUUUGGUAAUGAGUUUCUUUGUAUGGUUUGUCUUUA